GGAUGGGACAAUUAGAAUAUGCCUCUGCUCCAUCAAGAUACAACAGCGUUGCCCUUGUUGUGGGCGUUACAGGGAUUGUUGGCAACAGUCUCGCCGAGAUUCUCCCUCUGAGUGACACCCCGGGCGGCCCCUGGAAAGUCUAUGGCGUCGCGAGACGGCCAAGGCCACCCUGGAAGGUUGAUGAGCGUGUUGAUUACAUCCAAUGUGACAUCUGUGAUCUUGAUGAAACUCGAUUAAAACUCUCUAUGCUCCAAGAUAUUACCCAUGUUUUCUAUGUCACCUGGGCUAAUAGGCCUAAUGAAUCUGAAAACUGUGAAAUUAAUGGUAAGAUGCUGAGGAAUGUGCUGAAUGCUUUAAUUCCCAAUUCACCGAAUUUGAAGCAUAUUUGUUUGCAAACUGGUAGAAAACAUUAUGUGGCUCCGGGGAGUGAAGAUCAUGAUCCGCCUUAUACAGAGGAUCUUCCAAGACUAGAUUCUCCCAACUUUUACUACAUUUUGGAGGAUAUUUUGUUUGAGCAAGUGGGAAAGAAAGAGGGACUGACAUGGUCGGUUCAUCGGCCUGCGCCAAUAUUUGGCUUUUCGCCAUACAGUUUGAUGAAUAUAAUAGGUACAUUGUGUGUUUACGCCACAAUUUGCAAGCAUGAGGGUGUACCAAUGAGGUUUCCUGGAACAGAGGAGGCAUGGAACUGUUACUCAGAUGCUUCGGAUGCUGAUUUGAUUGCUGAGCACCAGAUAUGGGCUGCUGUGGACCCGUACGCCAAGAAUGAGGCCUUCAAUUGUAGUAAUGGAGAUGUUUUCAGGUGGAAGCACUUCUGGAAGGUGUUGGGGCAGCAGUUUGAGGUGGAAUGCGGAUAUCUUGAGGCAGGGGAGAGGUUGAGUUUGGCGGAGAUGAUGAAGGAUAAAGGGCCUGUGUGGGAUAAGAUUGUCAAGGAGAAAGGCUUGGUGCCGACAAAAUUAGAAGAGGUUGCAGCCUGGUGGUUUGCUGAUGGCAUGUUCAGUGGUCCUUGUCCGUUGAUCUCGAUGAACAAGAGCAAGGAGCAUGGAUUUUUUGGUUUCCGGAAUUCAAAAUCUUGCUUCAUUUAUUGGAUAGAUAAGAUGAGAUCUUACAGAGUUGUUCCAUAGUUUAAUCCCCAUACUCAUCUUCUAUAUUCUCAGGUUGUUUGUGUCAAUAGUGUAGUAGUGUCUAGGAUCUUGGAUAACAGUAGGAAUGGAAAUAUAU